UAUCUUCCAAAAAUACAAUAUUGCUAAAAUAAACAAUUUAUGCAUUGGAUGCUAUAUUUUCAACUGUAAUUCUAAUACGGACAUAUAUAUAUUUAGUUAAUUCCCAUUUGACAGGAUCACUUCAUAUAUUGGUCAACCUGAGAAUUACGAUUACUGUUGCGACGUUAAAGUAGGGGAGGAGGGAUGUUGUUCGUUUGACAUAUUUGUGAAAACAUCAGUAGAGUAACAGAAAUAUAAAUCAUGGCUCUUACUUGUGUUUAUUUGGCAGCAGAUGUUUACAUGGUUUGCUUACAGCAUGCGCUAUCAACUGAGAAAGAAGAGGUUAUGGGUCUUCUUAUAGGAGAGAUAGAUUCCGUAAAGGUUGCACAUAUAUCUGCUGUGGUUAUGCUUAGGCGUUCUGAUAAACGGAAGGAUCGAGUUGAAAUUUCACCUGAGCAAUUAACAAAUGCAGCCAUUCAAGCAGAUAAACUGACUCACGAACUAGGACAACCUAUGCGAGUGCUUGGUUGGUACCAUUCACAUCCACACAUCACAGUAUGGCCUUCUCAUGUUGAUGUGAGGACACAAGCUAUGUAUCAAAUGAUGGAUGAAUGUUUUGUGGGAAUCAUAUUUUCUGUUUUUACAGAAGAUAAGUCCACAAAAGAACAGCAGGUGCAGGUGACAUGUUUUCAGUCAACUAAUCAGAGUCCAGAGGGUGAAGCACCACAGUUUAUUCGUCUGGAAGUACCUUUACACAUAAAACCAACUACAAAUCUUUCCAAGCUUUGCUUACAGUCAAUGGUGGAGCUGCCUGAAAUCCUGUUCCAAGAGGAGAAAGAUAGUUAUGAUUUGACUACCAAGCUCAAAUUCCUCAGUGUCCUUGCACAGCUCAACAAUAAAGCUGUUCUUACUAAAGCUUUGUGCCACAUCACAGAAGUGGUGUCAGGCCCACUUGUUACAGCCCUGGAACAACGUAAGGCUACCAAUGUCAAAAAGUAUGAGGAAUUGUUACAGGAGAAGCAGAAGCUAAUUUCACUGAAAUCAUGUUCAUGAUGUAACUCUUCAAUUAUUUCAGCCUUUGAUUUACUUCAUGGAAAAUCAAGAUGAUCAUUAUGUUGACUUUUUACAAGUUCAUGGGUGUGUAAUUAUAUAAUAAAGAAAGAGGCCAACAGAAAAAUCAACAAAAACUGCAGACUUUCUGAUAAAAUGACUACGAUGUUUUGCAAUGUAAAUACAUAUGUUUCUGUGUAUAAGUUCCUAAUUUGUUUACAUGGAUGAUUAUAAUUCUAAUAAAAUAUAAUUUCCAUUA